UUAAUUUUAAAAAAUGAAGAAGAAUACAACAUGAAAAGACUUUACCUGGAGAAGGAGUCCUUUCAUCUCUCAUAAAACAUUUUUGCCCAAUCCAAAAAAAAAAAAAAAAAAUCCACCGGGAGAACGAGCUGGGGAGCAAGCCGGUGUCGUUUUUGCAGGAAAACCAUCGCCACCACAACCUUCUUCAAUAAAGAAAUACUAAUCUCAAAUCAGAUAGGCAUGCCGAACCAGAAAGGUUGUGCUAGAAACCUCCUGCAAAAAAUCUUCUUCUUCUCUUGUCAAAAUUCGCUUCAUUCUCUCUCCAACUGCCGGAAUCUUUCCCACGUAUUCAUCCAAAGACGUGCUUAUGUAGAUGUCUACAUGGACUGGAAGAAAGACACAUAUUUUGAAUCAAUUGAAUCCAUCCACAGAUCAAUUGAACUCAAACCCAUCAUCGCCUUGAAAAACUGCAUAGUCUCAGCCUCACCACAGGACUACUGCAUCCCCAUCUCUGCUGUCUCAAAGAGAGGUCUGGAAUUGGGGAUACCAUUUAAGGUAGCUAGGUUCUUGAGAAAAUACCCAUCUUUUUUUGAGGAGUUUGAAGGUCCUAAAUAUAAUUUACCAUGGUUUAAACUGACCCCUACAGCUAUUCAGCUUGAUAAAGAGGAGAGAGAGGUUUAUGAAGAACAUAAAAAUGAUAUAGUUGAUAGGUUAAAGAAGUUGAUUUUAAUGAGUGUUGGAGAGCAAAAAGUGUUGCCUUUGAAGGUAAUUCAAGGUUUGCAAUGGUACUUGGGGCUGCCAGAUGAGUUUUUAAGGCACCCGGAAAGCAAUCUUGAUGGGCACUUCAGGAUUGUUGAAAUGGGAGAUGAGUUGAAGGGACUUGCUGUUGGGAGUGAUGGUAAUGAUGGAGCAAUGAUGUCAAUACUACAACAGAACGCAAUGAAGAAAGGAGUCUAUGCUGGUGGUGAAAGGGAGGCAAUCGUAUUUCCAUUAUUUCCAUCAAAGGGUUUGAGGCUGAAGAGGAAGAUUUCUGAUUGGAUGAAUGAAUUUCAGAGGCUUCCAUAUGUUUCACCAUAUGAGGAUUCCUCUGACUUGAAAAUGGAUAGUGAUUUGUCUGAGAAGCGGGUAGUUGGUAUUCUUCAUGAGCUGCUUGGUCUCUUUGUUGAGCAUGCUGCUGAGAGGAAAAGGCUUUUGUGUUUAAGAAAGUGCUUGGGGUUGCCACAGAAAGUUCACAAGGCGUUUGAGAGGCAUCCUCAUAUGUUUUAUCUAUCUUUAAGGAACAAGACUUGCACUGUUAUCCUUAAAGAAGCUUAUCGUGAAAAGUCAGCUAUUGAGGCCCAUCCAAUUGCGAAUGUGAGGAAGAAGUAUAUUAAUCUGAUGAAGGAAUCAGAGAUUAUACUGAAGAGUAGGAGAGUGAAUAACAGAGCUACUAAAAAUGAAGCUAAUGUGAAUAUGAAGGACUUGGAUUGUAUGGACGACGACAUGACUGAAUGUUGUUUGAGGUGGAACUGGCACUAUUGCACUCAGAAUGUAGUGGCUACGUUCACCUUCAACUCGCCUCAUGAGUAAGAAUGGCUUCUGUUGACGACAGUAAAGAAAGCUCACGCUGCAGUUCCAUGAUAUGGUUGCAUUUGGUGCAAAGCUCUGUACCAGGAUAAAGAGAUUGCUCUGUUGCCUAUCUGUGCGGGCUUCUGCCUGUUGCAAGAUGCAGAUCAUGUGUCAUUUGAAAUGGUGAACACAUAUAGUAGACAUUCACUCCCCGUGGCAUUUAAUAAUUCCUAUGUGAGUGUAUCUCUGAAAACAAGAGUAAUUGAGGGCUCUUGAAAUGAAUAUUAGAAUUUGAGAGUUUGAGAAGCACUUGAAAGAUCAAGCUCAAUGAUGUGGGGGUUUGCAUGUAGUUUGGGAUAAAAACAAAAUUUGCCGCUUCUUUUUGAAAUUUGGUUGAUUCUCAUGCUCAUUAAGUGGCCAUAAUAGCGCCGUAUUAUCUAUUGCUUGAGGGAAGCUUUGUAUUUUUUUCAUGUUUCAAUUGUAUUCAGAUGGAUACUGUGAAAGAAUGUUAUGACAGUGUCUAGUUUCGCCUGA